CGUGAUUGGGAUAAUAUUUUACCAAAAGCUCGAAUAAUAUUUGCUUGUGGAAUCACGAUGAUAUCAACAAUAAACGCAUCUCGAGGCACCGGCAAUGAUUCUGUCAUAGGUUACUUGUUAAACAACACGUUAUCGGCACACGGUGCAUUCAUGGAGGCCGCUAACUCAGAAUAUCAAGCUACUGGCAAAAAUAUCGUUAUAAACGUAAGCGGGAAACGUUUUGAAACUUUUGAAGAGACAUUGGAACAAUUUCCAAACACUCUUCUCGGCUCUGCGUCGAAAAGAGCUGAGUUCUUCAACUCAAAUACAGGAGAGUAUUUCUUUGACAGACAUCGGGGAUCGUUUGCAGCAAUUUUGUAUUUUUAUCAAAGUCAUGGCUCGCUGAUAAGGCCUGAUUCUGUCCCUGUUCACGUAUUUUUCAAAGAAUGUGUGUUUUUUCAACUCCCAGAAGAGAUUGUGGAUGAAUUUCAAAUCGAAAGCGGUGUCUUAGACGAGGAGGAAGAGCGCCCCAUGCCAAAUAAUGCCAUUUGUAAAAUAAUCUGGGAAACUAUGGAAUAUCCUGAUACCUCAUUACUUGCUAAAACACUGGCCAUCCUCUCAGUUAUCAUUAUAUCAGCAUCGCUGGUUAUCUUCUGCCUGGAAACUAUGCCUGUCUUCAAUCCACCACCUCCAGAAUGCCCAGGGAAUCUAACAUCAUGCACAGAGCAGGAUGAAUAUGUCAAUCCUUAUGAACGUGUCUGGUUUGUCAUGAAUUGUGCAAUCAUUGGCUGGUUUACCGCGGAGUAUGUCAUUCGUCUGGCUGUGUGUCCAAAUAUCGCCAAGUUUCUUGUAGCCCCACUCAAUAUCAUUGACAUGUUAAGCAUUCUCCCAUUCUACGUCACGCUAGCACUUCAAGGUAUACCAGUACAUUGUGUAAUAUUGUUAAUAGUUGAUAAGGCCCGGCGUUCAAACCAGUCCAACACAUUGGUCCAACACCAUUCUGUAAUGUUGAAUUAGGUUUCACUUAAUUUCAAAUGUUCACCUGGCAUUGUUGAAUCGACAAUGUCGGACGAUGUUUCGAUGCGCCUUUGGUUUUGGUUACAAUGCGUCCAUUGCAGAAGUAGCUAAAGCUUCACUAAGCAAUAUCACGUAGCAGAUGGCGGCGAACCUGUAAUUAAGUAGAAGAGAAAGUUUUAUAGAAUAGUAUAGUUAAAUGUUUUGUUCCUGUCAAAGAUUUUGAAGUUGACUACCAUAUGCUUCCCCGUAACAUUAACUAGAAACCUGAGUUAAAAAUUGUUAAGUUUUUCAUAUGAGUGUUUAAUUAGUGUCAAUUAUUGUGAAUUCUGGUUUAUAUAUUUCUGUAUAUAUUAUUAUAUUAUUAUUCGUUGGUCAUAUUAAGGUCAUAAUUAAUAAUAACUAAUCGAUCACAACAACGUAUCAGGUCAGACAUCUUAAAGCCUGGUUCACACUAUAGCAAUGUUGUUGGCUAUUUUGUGUUUUUCACGAAAUGAGUGAGCUCGCACACAAAAGUAUAGAGCCGGUUUUCAGAAGUAAACAAUUCUACGUCUUUUGCGAGUCAUUCAUUCCAUCACAUUUGCCAGGAGGUGAAAAAUUUCCGACAGAAUUGCUAGUUUGAACCAGGCUUAAAUCAUGUUUUUUAGCGCAUUACAACCCUUUUAAUUGAAAAAACUAACUAUAUAGGAAAAUCAAUUAAGCAUAAUUCAAGAUCAGUGAACUCGAUGUUUUUAACAUUAAAAAUGCUAAAAAAUGUUAGGAACAAUGAAAUUACUGAUCUUGAAUUAUAUUUAAUUGAUUUUCCUAGUUAGUUUUUUCAAUUAAAAGGGUUGUAAUGCGCCUUAAAAACCAUCAUUCAAAAGGUUGAACUGUGCCUUUAAGUCGCAACUAGAUAUAGCUAGCUGGCUGGACUUAUCUAGAUUUCAAAGCGCGUUAAUUAAAAUCACUGAAUUCCGCAUCAAAUACCUGGCCUUGUAAUAUUACUAUCAUAUGUUCAAUAAAUGUUUUAUUAUUAUUUUUCAAGAUAUCGGAGGAAGCAUUGACGUGCUUCGUGUGGUUCGUGUAGUCCGCGUGUUUCGUGUGUUCAAACUGUCCCGCCAUUCACGUGGUCUGCAGAUCUUGGGGAAUACGUUACGUUCAUCAUUCAGUGAGCUUGUUAUGUUGGGCUUCUUCCUCUUCAUUGGUGUGAUGAUAUUUGGAAGUUGUAUUUACUAUGCUGAGCUUGGAGAGGGUAAGUCAUCAGUAUUAUAUAAUAUUAUACGCAUUUAAAAACAUUUUCAUGCAAUUACGGUGCUCCUGCAAAGUUGGCAGGGCUUGCCUUUCUCAGUGACUAUUCUUUCUUUGGAGUCUUGGAGAUCAACACUUAGCAUGUAUGACUAUUAUUUACCUUGUAAAUGUUGGGGAAAUGAUUCUUACACGAGAGCAGCACAUGGACAUUUUGGGAUAGUUUUAGUUUUCGAGUGUACUAAAUUCUUUUAGUUUACGUGAAGUCUAUACAAUUUACUGAAAAAUAUUGAUAAACUACUUGAGUUCUCAAUAUUCUUAGUUGCCUUGACGUCAUGGUAGCCAUGUUGGUGGAACGCUAACAUUUAUAUUUGGAGCGUAUUUUCCUCCUCCAUUGCUUUCAUAUUGUUGUUUUGUAAAUCCUAAGGGAUUGAUUGUAAACCACCAAUGAAAGGCAUUUGAGAGGGGGAUAAUAAAAUCACUAACAAACGAUUAUUUCCACUGCGAAACCUUUGUAAAGACAGGUUUACAGCAGAGUCCACAGAUACGCACUUGUAUAGCUAUAGUAUAUGCGCACUUUUUUAUGAUUCGGAAUCAGACGUUUCAGGAGCUGUCCACACUAGCGAUUUAGAACGAUCCGAAUAUCUGGCCAAGUGUGGACGUUCAACCGAAAAGCGAACUGAGACAGGUUCGAGGUCGAUCUAGACAUCCUCGAGAGGUGCAGGUUUCGAAUCGGCUCACGUUUUCUGUUUAGCAGCCAAGGACAUUUUCCCCCCACUUAUUCAGUAGCGAUUAUAAUGUCAAUUCGGUUAAUUCAUUCGAGUUUUUGUGCAAGUGUAGGAACCGGCCUCGGAUAACACCGCGAUCAAACAUCCGCGCGUAUUUACUGCUUGUAUUCAAAAGACUGGAAAUAGAAUUGUCUUCACGAAGCUCUAGCAAAAGGUUUAAAAAUAAUUAUGAUGGUUUAAACUGAGUUUAACAAUCGUCUUGUCACAAGGAAAAAGCUGUGAAAUUCUCUGCCUUAUAGUUUAAUGCUGUUUCCUUAUGUAAUAAACGCUUUUCCCGUACUUACUCCUAUCAUUUUGGCGGACAUUUUCCCCGCCAUUUCCGUAUAGUUGCCCAUGGGCUCUAUAUUAUUAUAACGUUUGACCGCGAUGUUGCCUCGGAUCGGCUUGAGAUCGUUCAAAUUUCAAGACUAAUUUCAAAAUGGAUGUAAAUUUAUUUGAAAGUAGGUCAUAUACUGUUUGUCAGUUCUAUGCCAAUCUUAUAGGGUCGCCUGAACCCACAAUGACGCCAACGCAAAAAUAUGAAGCCACAAUGACAUCAACGAAAAAUAUAAGUGUUUAGCGGAGUUCUCGCUCCAAUUUGCAUACACACUUAUGCAUGCGAAAAUUCCAGUUCAUGUAUAGUUUGAAUUGCCAUGUCUUGCCCAAGGUCUCGAUUUAGAGGAUGCGGUAAGAUGGCAGUCGUCAGUAUAAAUGCUGCUGUUCAGAGCUGAAAAUGCCCUUGUGGGGAGGUCUCUAUUUCUAUUUUCACCACAAUGACGCCACUUUUAAACCGCACUAUAGCAGUCUUCAACAUUCGAAAAAUAAAUACCGGCCAAAUUAAAUCACCUUUCUACUGAAUAUUUAACUCGCUCAAUAUACUGCAUGUAGUUUUCACGGACAUGCAUAGUCCUUUAAAGGCGUUCUGCUGCAUUCAACUCGCUUAGUAGUACUGCGCGGCUACAAAUAGUAUACAGCUGGUUGAAUUAAAGUUGUCACAAGCAAUAGCCAUUAGCUGGGCCCAAAAUGUAUAAAAAGCGAAAAGCUGGUGCUCAGCAUAUCUACAUAUUACUGACAACUGAGUAAAGGAUUGUUAAAUCGCCUGGGACAGCUGUAGGUUGUUCAAAAACCAAUUGGUUUAACCCUGCAUGGGUUAACUUAAAAUUCAAAGCAUGCAAACCUCUCAACAGCUUUUAUCCUUUGGAAAUAUUUAUUUAGAAAUAAGACCUGGAAUCAGCAUCUAUAAAUGAUAAAUUGUAAAUGUAUUAUAAAUUCUAUACUUCAAUCUUCUUUACUUGUAAAUAUUACACGGCAGAAUUAUAAUUACUGUUUCACCGAAGAUCCCAACAAUAGAUAAAUCUGUCAACAAUAGAUAAAUUUGGUUAACGUUGUUUACAUAUAUUGGUUGCUACCCAAUUCACAGCUUUAGAUAACUUACAUGCCUAGUUACUAUUGUUCUAGUUUACAGAAGCACAGAAUAGGACAAAGCCAAAGGUAACUAAGCGUUAGAAUUAUGUAAAAUUAUUCACUCAAGAAGAUAAUUCUAAAGCCUAGUUACCUUUCUUCCACUCUAUAUUUCUGUAAACUAGAACACUAUAGUUAACGAGGCAUGUGAGUGAUCUAAUGUUGUGAGUUAGUUAGAAACAAACGUUAUCCAAAUUUUGAACUGUUUUUGCCAGUGUAGCUGGUGCCAAUAAAAUGAACAAGCUUUCGUUGGUAUAUAUAGGGAUGCAACUACCUGAAAAUAUAAGAGAAGAAUUUCGAGGGAAGGCUCUGAUGUAUUUCCACGCCGGUAGUUAUCCAAAUUUGUCUAUUGAACGUGUCUGCAAUUCAUUUUUUCCUUAUUUUGGACAAAUAAAAGCGAUAUGAACAGAGCAAUCUUACAAACCGAAAUAUUCCUGUAGCAAGUAAAAACUAUCGAUAAAAACAGUCUAAUAUCUAAUAAUAAGUUUCGUCCUUAUAUGACCUAUACUUAAUAAUGCAUAUUGAAGAUAUUAUUGAUAAUUUUGAAUAAUUUACAUUCAUAAUUAUUAUUUCAACAGGUUAUAGAUUUGCAAAUAUUCUUUUAUGUUGCUAUAUAUAACCUAACCUGCUCAGUAAUGGUGUAUUAAAUAAUUUAUGACAAAUCACAUGCAUACAUAAUUGUUAACAGUAAUAUUUUCCUCCACAGACUCUGGAUUUGAUAGUAUUCCUCAUUCCUUCUGGUGGGCUAUUGUUACUAUGACAACCGUAGGAUAUGGUGAUGUCUAUCCGACUACGUUCUUUGGGAAGGUUACUGGUGGUUUUUGUGUCAUUGCGGGUAAGUCUGAAUUGUAUUUGCGUCAGCUAUAUUCUGGUAUAUGUAUACUGUAUAUGCAUAAUAAUUAUACCUGUCUUGCUAUUCAAAAAACAUUAAAAAUAUAUAUAUUUCGGAACUUUGAUGUAUUGAGUUUUCCAAGUUUGUGGAAAUAAACGGUAUAUUUAUCGAGAUAAAAUACAUUUUUGAGUUUUGUCCCAUGUUGGAUAACUUGAACUUCUCAUCCUAUACAUGGCGGCCUAAAAUAAAAUACGGUUAAUAACUGUAACAAGACGCCAUUCUUCCAAAAGCUUAAAGUAGACAAAUUACAAACCAUUUUCUUUCAUCGCGAAAACUUUGAUUUGCUUGGCAAAAUCGCUAAAAAACACUAGGGUCUCUAUCCCUUCAACUAACUUCCAGUUGAAGGGCUUUUGAACGUGGACGUUGUUGUCAUAUUAAUUUCGUGUAGUUUAAUGUACCAUUUAAAGAAACCCAUUUGGUUUAGAAAGUAAAUAAAUAUCCGUUUCUGCUUCAGGUGUCCUAAGUAUUGCCUUGCCAGUGCCUGUCGUUGUUUCAAACUUCGAGCAAUUCUACCAGAAGGAAUUGAACCGCAGACGCCAAGAAAAAGAUAAAAAAGACGAAGAAAAGAAAAAGGAAGAAGAAAGGAAGAGACUAGAACAACUUGGUCUAACCGAGGGGACUGAAGAAGACGAAACAUCAGGAAUGUUAGGAAAUGGCGAGAAGAGCCGACCUAACCCCACCAAUGUUUAGCAAUAAAAUGGACAAUUUUUGUAUUUUCAGCCUACAAAAAUCCAACGAUUUCGUGUAUGAAAUAUUUACUUCCCGACGCCUUUGCUGAGAAAUAUCGCUCUUUCGCAAUAACUUGUUGCUUUUUACUUGCAUACGAGAAGGAUUAUUAUGUUUAUUUAUUCAUAUCUCUGAACAUGUUUGCGUAAGUAAGAAGGAUAUUAAGACGAAUUUCCGCUUUGCAAGGCAGCCGCACAAAUUUGAGCACAUGUGUUGGUAAAGAUUAUAAAUGACUUAAUUUAAUACAACAUAUGGUAUGAUUAAGUCCCGGUCAAACAAAAAUAAAAGUUGUGAGUCACAUUUUAUGCUCUAUACAUUGACAGAAUAAAGGUUUGGUUAGUGUUCACACUAUGUUUUAACUUAAAUAAAAUACAUGAUAUAGUGUUGGGAAAGCAUUAAGAACAGCAAACUCUCAUGCACUAUCAUCGUCGUUUGAUCCGGACUUAAAAUAUGGAACACAAAGCACGUCUUCUUCAAUAUAACAACGUUUAAUAUUCACAUACUCAAAUGCAUACUACAGUAAUAAAUAAAAAAUUAGCACUUUGAGUAGUUAUCAGUGGACAUAUAUUAGCUAGCUGGUGGUGUACGUUUAUGCUGGUCGCAAAACUAAUCAGUUGUUCAUAAAUCUAUUCACAAUUAUUCUUGUCCUUGAUAUAAUUUAUUAGUAAACUUUAAUUAGUUCAAAUAUAUUCAUAAUAAACUGUACAUUGUAAAUAGUAAAUAUUGGUUCCACAAAAAAUUUUGUAUAUUUUAAUCGACCCAAUAGACAUAAUAAGUUAAUGUGAUCUUUGUAAUUGAAUGUUAAUACUAAAUUAAAUUAAUUAAGUUUCCC